UUUUGUGUCAAAGAAAUCAAUACCAAUAAUAAUAAUAAUUAGUUGUUACAUAUAUUUAUAUAAGUUAGAAUGGGAUCCAAAGUAAUAGUAAUAUUCAUUAUUCUCUUGGUGCUGGCAAUUUCAGUUUAUGGUACUAACAAUGAUGGCUCGUUCUCUAGACAGAAGAUUUUGGAGGUUGAGAGAAAAUUACAACAUCUUAGAAAACAUUCAUUAAAAACCAUUCUGAGUGAAGAUGGGGAUACUAUUGAUUGCAUCGACAUUAACAAGCAGCCUGCCUUUGAUCAUCCCGCCUUGAAAGAUCACAAAAUUCAGAUGGCUCCAAGUUACACUUCAGCUAAGAAGGGCACAACCGAAGUUACCAAAACAAAUGAGAAAUUAACUUCCCAACAAGUAUGGCGAAAAAGUGGAAGCUGUCCAAAGGGAACAAUACCUGUUCGAAGAAUACGAAAGAGAGAGCUUCUCAAGGCUCACUCAAUUGAUGAAUAUGGAAGGAAGAAACCAAGUAUCUUAAACAGAAAAGUCAGUGAUAAGCUGAAUCAAAAUGUUGAUUCCUUUGUACAACAACAAAAUCACUCGAAGGCAAUAGUCUUCGCAUAUGGAUUCAGGUACGUGGGAGGUAAAGGAGAUAUUCGAGUUGCCUAUCCUUUUGUUGAAAAGGAUGAUGAAUACAGCACUGCUCAGGUCUCUCUCAUAAAUGGAUCUUACGAUUAUUACGAGCUUGUUGAAUCCGGAUGGGCGGUCAAUCCCAGUGUAUACGGAGAUAGGAACACCCGGUUAUUCGUAUAUUGGACGGCUGAUGGUUCACAUAGAACAGGUUGCUUUGAUCUGACUUGUCCUGGGUUUAUUCAAACUAACAGUGAAAUUGCCUUAGGUGCUACAAUUUAUCCAAUUCCAAUUCCUGGUGGUCUUCCAUACCAAAUAACUAUUUACAUCCAGAAGGACGAAAUGACUAAUAAUUGGUGGGUGCAAUAUGGUGAAGAGAAGACCAACAUAGGUUAUUGGCCAACUGAGCUAUUCAUGGGAAUGCGCUCCAAUGCCGAAUCAGUGGAGUGGGGUGGUGAAGUUUACAGCACAGCUGUUGGACAUACUCCUCAUACAAAAACACAAAUGGGUAGCGGUUUUUAUGGUUCGUGGGGGUAUCCAGUUGCGGCUUCCAUAUUAGGGAUGAGAGUUCACGAUAAUUAUCCGAUGUGGAAGAUUCCAGAAUGGGUUGAUAAAUUCUCCGAUGAAUAUAACUGUUAUAACGUUGAAUAUAUAGCAGAUUAUGUUGAUGAUCCACUAUUCUAUUAUGGAGGACCUGGUAGAAAUAUUAGGUGCCCUUAAUGACAUUUAGAAAAAUUAUGAACUACAAUAAGGAGAAGACUAUUGCUAGCUACCACUAUUUCUUUGCAAUUUUAUGUUUCCACUGG